AUGUGUUUAUCAUUGGACAAAGUCCAGGCUUUUGAAGUGAUCCUCUUCUUGAUCAUUGGUAUAUCUGUGUUCUGCGCUGGCUCCGUCCUGGACGCGCACACAUUGGAUUUCCUUGGCGAGAGGCAUCAUGGCAUGUACGGAACUAUUCGUCUCUGGACCGCCGUCAGCUGGGGUUUUGGAGCCAUUGUCCUGAGUUACCUUACUGAUAUCUACGGCUUUACGGUAAACUUUUACGUUUUUGGAGCUGUGAUGACGUUGCAACUUGUGUUUUUUGUCUUUGGACUUCCAGCUCGGUCCAAAUCGGAACAAGAAUUCUACGAAAAGGCCCAACGACAGAAGGAGAAUAUACACCAUCCCACCAAUUUCAGCAAGAAAUCUGCUGCAUCUGAACCCAUGAGGUGGAGUGCCUUGUGGGAUAUCAUGACAAGGCUGCCCGUGAUCUUUUGGCUUAUUGAAGCUGCCUUGGUUGUUGCCGGGAUCAUCAUUGUUGAUUCUUUCUUGUUCGUGUACCUGCAGAACGAUUUGCUGGCAAGCACUUCACUUUGCGGCUGGACAGUUGGGGUCACCGUGCUGUUGGAGCUGCCAAUAUUUCAUUUUUCGCAGCAACUCUUGUCUUGGCUUGGGCAUGACGUCUUGUUGAUAGUGUCCAUGAUCUCAUAUUCAAGCCGUAUUAUCGGCUACACCAUGUUGACACCAGAAACCGUCAAUUGGGUCAUAGCCUGGGAAGUCCUUCAUGGCAUCACCUUUGCUUGCAUGUGGAUUGCCACUGUUGAUUAUGCCGACUCAAUCGCACCGAAAGGAUGGUCGACGACAGUACAGUCCAUUGUGAAUGGUGUCACUUACCAUAUCGGAGGAGGUGUGGGACCCAUUGUAGCUGGGCAAGUCAUGAACAGGUUUGGCGCAAGAACCAUGUUUCGAGGUAUGGGAUUGAUAGUUGGUUCUGUUAUGCUUCUCCACUUGGUAGUUAUGAUUUGCUUCGGCAGGGUGCAUGAUAAGUGUAUUGAAAGGAUCCGCUUGGAACGCGAGGCAGAAGCCCAGGAAACAGACGAUGAGGAGGAAGAAUUUGACAUUAUUUGA